AUGGGCCGCUACGUCCCGCCCGAUCUCGAAGGGCUCACCACCGCCAACGCCGCCUCGGGUAAAGGCCACUCGCUCGGGAGCCGCGCGCGCAAGCUGAAGACCGAAGGCAUCUUGACCGUCCGCUUCGAAUGCCCCUUCCCCUUCUGGUGCACAAUUUGCCAACCCGAGCAGAUCAUCGGCCAGGGCGUGCGGUUCAACGCCGAGAAGAAGAAGGUCGGAAAUUACUACUCUACGCCGAUAUGGAGUUUUCGGUUCAAGCAUAAUGUGUGUGGAGGAUGGAUCGAGGUGAGGACGGAUCCGAAGAAUACGGAGUAUGUUGUUGUUGAAGGCGGCAGGAGGAGGGAUGAGGGGAGGGAGAAGGUUCUGGAGGGCGAGAUUGACGUGGGUGUCAGUGAGGAAGAGAAAGCGAGGUUAGAGAGGGAUGGGGCUUUUGGAGCGGUGGAGAAGAAGAUUGUGGAUAAGCAGGCUUUGCAGGGACAGGGAAAGAGGUUGGAGGAGCUGGAGGAGAGGAGUCGAAGGGAUUGGAACGAUCCUUAUGAGAGGAGUAGGGCUUUGAGGAGGGAUUUCAGGGUAGGAAGGAGGGAUAGGAAGGAAGGAGAGAAAAGAGGAGAGGAGUUGCAAGAAAAAUUCAGUCUUGGAGUGGAGAUGGUGGAGGAACAAAAAGAAGAUGCGGUCCGGGCUGGUCUUGUCGAGUUUGGAAGGACUGAGGAUAUGAGGAGAAGGGAGAAGGGCUUGUUUGAGCAGGGAUCCUCGAGUGGUAAAAGAGAGUCUGAAGAUGUGAGGAGCAAAAGAAAGAAGACACCAAGGACCGCUGAUCUGAUGGCACAAAAGAAAGCAUCUCUAGCACAUGAAUUAAGGGGAAACACAAGGGCAGUAAUAGACCCUUUUCUGGCGUCUCAGAAUAAACCGGAUUGGCAGCCCAUGUUGAAGCGGAAAAGGCCUGAAAACCAGGCAACAGAUCAUGAACGAAUAACAAAUAGUUUGGUCGAAUAUGAUUCGGAUUCGCCAUAUCAUACUUUUCCUGCCAUCAUUUGUCGUAACGUCGGCAUGUAA